UGUUACUGCCAGCCACUGGUAGGAGAGACCCUCCAUCGGUGUAGUCUUCAGUUCAUGCGUGUCUGAGUUCGGACCAAUUGAACGUUCAUGUCGAACUGAAAUGUCGAGUUUCAUGUCAUUGUUCAACGCUUCCCGGCAUCCAGCGACAAUGAAUCCUCGCGACAGGCCAUCAGACCCACUUUCACGUCUCCGCUACGCCUUCGAAACGAUGCCAAGUUCACGAAAGUAUAUUUUCUCUCCCGCAACCCGUGCGGAAGUCCUAUCAGAGCUUUAUGAUGCAUUCUGGGGACCCUAUUCACAUCUCUUCCUCCCAUUGUCCAAUUCCAGUCUCCCCAUGCACGCCACUCUCAGUAGCGUUCAAGCAGAUCUGGGCUUUGCUGGUGCCGGUUCAGAGGAUCCUGUCGUUGAAGGAAGGCCCUGUGGACAUAUCUUCAGCAAGGGAGAGAGCUGUUUUCGUUGCAAAGACUGCGCUCUCGACGAUAGUUGCGUUCUCUGUAGCCGCUGCUUUCAUUCCAGUGACCAUUCGGAUCAUAAUGUCAGCUUCUUCGUCGCUCAGCAGGCCGGCGGCUGCUGUGAUUGCGGAGACAUCGAGGCCUGGCGUAAACCUAUCUCAUGUCCUUUCCAUCCACUUGCUCCCCAUAUCCAAGAGCAGAUUGAACAGUCCUUGAGUGCAGUCGACGACACUCCUCGACCUGUACAGCGCCCCAUAUCUGACGAGAUUCCAUUCGUUGAGAAUUACCCGUACAGAGUCGCUAUCCCGCCCGAUUUACGUGAUCUCAUGAGUCGUACUAUUGCAUAUGCAUUCGACUUCAUCCUUGACACCCUGGACUACUCCCCAGAUGAAGCGACCGUCCCUUUAAACGAGGCUGAUCUGCGAUUACAACCCUCAGCAGAUCCUAUGCAGAAGGACCAAUAUGCCAUCAUCAUUUGGAACGACGACAAGCACUCAUUUGACGAAGUCAUCAAGCUUAUAUGCGAAACCACAGGUCAUGAUAGGAAGACAGCAAGCAUCAUGGCGCACUCUAUUGACGAUGCGGGUCGGGAAAUCAUUGACAUCCACGGUGACGUCCCCCGGCUCCUCGAGGCAGCGCAUUUAAUGACAAAGAUUGAGCUCGGUGUCACGAUUCGUCGUGCAUACGAUACUUUCCGCGAGCAGGUCGCUUGUGUCAUUAUUGAGUGGCUGCUGGAUCUCACUCGAAGCCGACUGGGGGUGGAUACACUGAUAAUCAAGGAAAUCAUUGCUGCCGAGCUGCUGUCGCCGAGACGGCGGGAGAACACAUUCUUCACUUCUGGUCCGCAAAUCCCAAACCUCGCCACAGAUCUGGCGCGUCCAUGCCGUAUUGAUUGGUUGUUCAUCUACCACACUCGACUAUGGAAGAAACCCCGGAUACAUUUGAAGGCAAUUUAUGCGUCGAUCUUGAUACUUUCGCAUCCCCAUAAGAUUGCCAUCGCGUCUCACUUUGCCAGUAUCUACCAUCGCGUCGCUGACGCUUAUCUUCUUGUUGACCGUGAAGCGGAAACAUCCAUAAAGUAUUUCGCCCUUCAACUUUUCACAGCGCCGUCUGUUGCCCUUCAUAUUGUCCACCAACAUGAUCUCAUGACACGUCUGCUCGACAUCAUCGUCAACUUCUUCACCAAUCACAUCGAGGACAAGCACAUCCUCACCACGACCCCUGCCCAACAAGACAUAGACGUCGAAAGUCCCCCAUUUAGAAGCAAGCGGUUCAUGCCCGUCUUCAGCGAUCUCCGGUAUCUCUGUCACAACCGGCCUGUCCAGCAGCUCAUCGCUCGUCACCCGAACUUCAUACGCAAGUUCGUGAAGGUAUGCCAGGUCUUCAUGUGUAUCAACCCAAACAAGCGCAUCGCAUCGAGCCACAUCGAGUAUGAGACGGACGUGUGGAUCAGCGUGUUCAACGUAACGCUUUCGCUGUCCCGCGUCAUCAAGGUCUAUGGUGAAGCCUUUGAGUUUGCGAACCCAACGCAGCUUGUAGGGGCAAUCACAACUGUCGUGCGGGAAAUCCUCGCCGUGUGCACGCUCACGACGGACAGGCUCGACAAGGCCAAAUUUUCAAAGCCGAUGCUGCACGAGGUGGAGUUUGGCGACGCUCAGUAUCGGAUUGUUGAUUUCAACGUGCUGGAAGGAUGGGUCAGUUUCCAUCACUCGCUCCACUGGCUCCUGGCAGAUCUGCUGAAGCAUGUUGAUAUCUUGUCGGAGGAGUCGUUGAAGCAGAUCGGGGUAUCCGGUGUCCGAGACCUGUUUUUGCGCCCGUUUAACGAGGGCGCGAUUCUCACAUUAAUCGAUUUCCCUUUACGAGUGCUCGCUAUGAUCGCCCAGAUUAGGGCAGGAUUAUGGGUCCGCAACGGUUUCCCUAUCCGCGGCCAGCUCCUGCACUACCGCGAUUUCAUGCUCCGCGAGCUCUGCUACGACCAAGACCUAUUCAUCCUCCAGUCGUCCCUCAUCAUCCUUGAUCCCAAUAUCAUCAUCGUCUCCAUCCUAGAUCGUUUCGGCCUCCUCUCAUUCUUCCAAGGCGAAGUCGAGAAAUCCCCCUAUGAAGGCGCCCAUCUUCUGAGCAUGGUCGAAGAGGUACUCUAUGUCCUCAUAACUAUUCUUGGUGAGAGAGCCAGCGCCACGAAGCUUCCAUUCCAGCGUGCUAUCCGCCGCGAGAUUGUGCACGCGCUCGCGGCGGGGCCAAGUUCAUUCACCGACCUCGCCAAGCGCGUCUCAGAGAGGAUGGUGGAUGAUGUAUCUUUCGAGCGCGUCCUCAAGGACGUAUCUCACUUCCGCGCUCCAGAGUCGACGUCCGACACAGGCGCAUACGAGCUGAAGGACGAGGCAUAUGAUGAGGUGGAUCCGUUUACCUUCCACUACACGCGGAACAAGCGUGAGGAGGUUGAGGUCAUCCUGAAGAACAGACUCCGGAAGAAGACGGGCGUGGAAGAUCCAGUCAUCGUCCCCAAGCCGCUGGCCAUCACGUCCGGGCCAUUUUCGAUACUCCCGUCCGUCCUGGAGUCUGAAGCCCUGCUUCAGGUUAUGUUCUAUUCCAUAUACAACGUGGUUGCGCUCACCAACAGUGCGGGUACGGCCCCGCCCUCCGCUGAGGCUAUCCUCGACCAGGCGUUCCAGCUCAUCAUGCUAGCGCUCGUAGAACGGCCGGCUGUCUUCAGUCACGUCUCUGUCAUUAAACCCUUUGCCGAAGGCAAGAAACUCGCCGACAUCAUAUGCGCCAUGGAACAUGAUGAAAAAUACAAACCCUACAAGAGCCGCGUUGAUUGGAUUCUCACAGAGAUGUCCAAGCAUGUUCCGGACGGGAUACAGCCUCCUCGCAUAAUCUUGAGCCCUACUACGUCAGCGCCUGAUGUUGAGAGCGCCAAGAAACGGGCAGCUAAGGCACGCCAAGAGGCUAUCAUGGCGCAGAUGAAGGCUCAACAAGCGAGUUUCUCACUCAAUUUCGAGGAAGAGGAGGAGGAAAAUGAUCAGGAUAUGGAUGAGACGUCCGAUGAACUUUCCUCGUAUGGCACCUGCAUUGUCUGCCAGGAAGAUCUCAACGAGGCCAAAGCGUUUGGUUCUCUGGGCCUUGUGCAACCCAGUCGAUUGCUUAGGAAGCACCCAGACAGUCAGUGUCAAUAUCUCAACGAGAUUAUGACAAUGUCUCCGUCGCUCGAUCGAGCGACUCCGCGCGACACCACUUUUCCACCAACCAAUGCCGAGGAGCUCGACAGCACCAGCCCGCCCAACUUCGAUGGCUUCCCUACACAGUACACUCGCUUCGGGCUCCACGCGUCCGUGUGUGGCCACAUGAUGCACCUCGACUGUUUCCAAGUGUACAAUUCCUCCAUUCGCCAGCGGCACCGCUCACAUGCGACGAGAAAUCAUCCUGAAAACAUCCAGCGCAAGGAGUACAUCUGCCCGUUAUGUAAGAGCUUGGGCAACGUCCUUCUCCCCGUUCUUCACCCUAGCAAUGCUCCCGCAAGCCAAACCUCAUUCCCAGACUGGAUUCGAGCCGCGGGUAUAAGCGUCUUGAAGUCCAAACCAGAUAGCGUCAUGGAUGGUCUGCAGUUUAGAAGUGGGACGGGCGAAUUUGUGUUCUGGAGCGCUCAGGAUCCUGGUUAUGGCGCCGCUGUGCGGAAGCCGGAAGCAGUGGCUUCGACGAAGAUGCUCGAUACCCUUAUGCUGACAUCCAGAAUGGUCUCGCAACAAACGCGCCAUCUUCGCGAGCGCCCUGAACCGGAAGUAGGAGAAAGAGGCGCCGGAAUGUAUCUUCCGGAAGACCUUGUUGGAUACACGAUUUCCGCUAUCGAGGUCGCUGCUCGUGGGACUGAUGCCUCGGGAGGUAUUGUGGCGGAUUCGCUCUCGCUAUCGGAUACGCAAAGCAGAAUGAUUCGUGGGUUGCUUGCCAGCUUGACAAGACUUGCUGGUCUUGAACUGGAUGGUCGGCCAGACGGUGGCCGGGAAUCGGUCAAGCAGGCCAUAAUCAAACGUCUGCUCCCAGAGUGGAGUCGCACAUCACUGACCUCCUUCGCAUACCCCUUGCUCUUACGCGACCCAUUCACCGUCCUCAUCGAAACUGCCGCAGUAGCUCCCGAGAUGAUGCAGCAUGUCCUGAUCUUGUGCUACUACGCCUGUUUGGCUCGCACAGUCAUCGGCAUGGUUUAUGUCCUCAACAAGGCCAGGACGUACACCGCUUUCCAGCAGCCCGCUGCUCGUGCUCAUGCUGAUAUCUUCGGCGAUGUCCGCAUGUUCUUCAUGUCUGUCGUGCGACACUCACCCGUCUUCGAGCACACUGCUACGCUAGUCUUUGAUGCGUUUGGUGAAGCUCGUAUUGAGAAGAUGCUAUAUGCAUUUACCCUUCCAUUCCUCAGACGGGCAGCAAUCCUAUGUCGAUCCGUCGUCCCGCUCACAUUCCCAACUUCAUUACUAGGUGCCUCCAACGUCAACGAGUAUAAACGCCUACUGGCUACCCUCGGCAUUCCUCCCUUGGCAGACCUCCCAAAUCAAGAUACACUUCAGAACGCCCUCUCGGGAUGGUGCGCCCACUACGGCCACUCUCAUGCAGCCUCGCAACUCAAUUGUGGCGUUGUGCUUGACUACGCGGCUGUGUAUGGGAUCGCCCGUCUGCCGCUGAUCCUCGAUAACCUCUUUGGUGAGCGAGACAAGGUGAUGAAAUGCCACCGAUGCAACACCGUUCCGACCGAUGCUGCAAUUUGUCUGAUCUGCGGAGUGACGUGCUGUAUGGCGAGUCACUGCUGUCAAGACGAGUCAGGAGUUAGAGGGGAGUGUAAUAUGCACACACGAGAGUGCGGCGGUGCCAUUGGCGUGUACUUCGUUGUAAAACGAUGCUCGCUGCUUUAUUCGUAUGCUAGCAACGGGACAUUUGCACAGUCCCCUUAUCUUGAUGUUCAUGGUGAGGUCGAUGUUUCAAUGAGACGCGGUCGUCGUCAAUACAUACACCCAGCUAGGUGGGAAGAAGUCCGCAAAACGUGGCUCAACCACGGCAUCCCAACUGCUGUCGCUCGUAAGCUCGAGAGCACGGUCGACAGUGGAGGAUGGGAGACACUUUGAUUUUGAUUUCUUGAAUGACAGUCUUCAUCGUAAUUUUCGCAAGAAACUGUACAUCGCACAUCAUCUGUAUACAAGUAGCUAGAGGACAAUUAGAUCUUCGAUCAUUUUUAUGUGGAAUCGCUAGUUUUAUGUGCUGAAAGUGCAAAUUUCAACCUUUCCGCUGUCCGUUCGGUGCCAAGAACAUCAAUGAUCUCAGGAAGACUGGGUCCCGCUUUCAUCCCAGAUAGCGCAUGCCUCAAAGCAGUCAUGAAGACUUUUGGCUUCAGGCCUGUUUUCUCGCACGCAUCAUGCAAGAAAACUCCAAUGUCAGAUUGAGUUGAUGGUGAUGAAGACUCAAGUU